AUGUCGUCGCCCAUUGACAACGAAGCAGCAGCCGCCCCAGCCCGGCCUGCCACUAAUCGCCUCGUCAACACCGCCGCCCGGCUCGCCAUCACCCAUGCCGCCCCUCGCAUCGAGACCCGCAUCGCAGCCUCACAACUCCCCUUUGCCCAAGCAGACGUCAUGCUGCCGCACACAACAUCCCGGUGGUGGGGCUGGACGCACUACGGCAUCUUCCUCCCGCUGCUGCCGGAGCCGUACCGCUUUCUCAACUUCAUGACCUUUAUCGGCGCCACAGGCACCGCGUGCUUUGACAACGACUACCUCGCCACCAAGCCGGACGCGCGCAACACCGCCACGGUGCUCUCGGCGACGGCGUACGGCGACGACCACCACUACGAGGCGUACGACGCCUCGGCAAACUGCGACUUUCGCCCCGACGGGUCUCGACUAGCCUGGGGCGACGACCUGGUCAUAGAGCGCAAGCACCCCCAGUAUACAGUGGCGGGCCGGUACAGCCACAUGAGCGUCGAUGUCGUGGUGCGCGCGACGGACCAGGUGUCGUACUUUACCAAGAUGCCGAUUUACGACCACUUUAGCGUGCUGGCAACCUACCACGGCACCAUCAAGGACAUCCGUGGCACCACGCCAAUCUCUGGCCUGUGCACCGUCGAGUACGGCCGCUGCAUCACGCCGCAGGCGCUGACGCGGACGCCGCUCCGGCCGUCGCUCAAGCUCCCUGUCACGUUCUUCACGUACCAGAUUGCGAACCUGGACGCGACGACGCAGCUGCUUCUGACAAAGGUCACCGGCGCCGGCGCCACGCUGUGCCUGCUGUCGCAUCUGCGGACGUUGGGUGGAAAAGCCCGGGUUUUUGAAAAGACGAAGCUGGAGGUGCUAGAGUAUGUGGACAAGCGUCUCGUGGAUGUGCAGGGGCGGAGGAUGAGGGUGCCCAGGAGGAUGCGGUGGACGGUGGAUGAGGACGGCGGAGAGAGGCUGUUGAGGCUCGAGGCGAGUGUGGAUGCGCCGUUUCGGUAUGGGCAUGGCCAGGGCUACGUGAGCGCGUACACGUUUAGCUGCGCUUGGGGAAGUAGGGAGUUGAACGGCACUGGGUAUCUGGAAUGGAUUGACCUGGAGGGGUGA